CGCAGAGUACACAGUCAUUCAAACAGCCACAUCUCGUGUGUGCAUCAGGAAUGGACAAGGUGAUGAAGUUGGCAUCCCAAAAGGCAGUCGUAAUCUUCAGCCUGAGCUCCUGCUGCAUGUGCCACACCGUGAAGAGUCUCUUCCAUGACCUGGGUGUCAAUGCCGCCGUCUACGAGCUGGACGAGGACCCCAGGGGAAGAGAGAUGGAGAAGGCUCUCGCCAAGCUGGUGGGCCGUAACUCGCCGGUGCCGGCCGUGUUCAUCGGCGGCAAGCCGGUUGGAUCUACGGACAGGAUCAUGUCACUUCACCUGGGUGGGAAACUGGUCCCUCUUCUUCGUGAUGCAGGUGCUCUCUGGGUCUAAGCACUCUCGACUCUGCUCUGUCCUGUGGAGUAGUAUUGGAUGAAGAUCCAAUUCGACUAGGGAUGUGUGGAAAUAAACUAUUGAGAGAUACGACUAUGCUGAUGUAUAAGAACUCGUGUUAUAAUAUCAUGUAACUUCGACGCAAUAAUAAUGCUUAC